AGUAUUUAUACCAAGAUUAGCAUGCGUAUCGAUUCAUUUUGUGGGCGGUCGUAACAUUGAAGACUUUGAAAAGUAAAGACGAACCUUUUAGAUAGUUUAACCGUAAACGGUAGUGAACGCUAAUGUGUGUGUGCCGUUUAAAAAAUAUGUCGUCGACUUGGAAUUUUUUGCUAAUGUUUCAUGCCGCAUUUUUCAUUUAUAUAUUUGAGGGCACAGAAGGAGCAGCCCUGCAAACGGUUGGCGUGAAAAAUGCUCUGUAUGGAGUUCCAGAUUUGGAAGGGCCUCCUCUGAUCAUAAAGUCCUAUCCAGCGAUCGAGAAUUACCAAAGCGAUUUGUACGAAGUUUACAUGGAACCCUAUAAAUAUGAUGUGCGUCCGCAUUCUGCCAUAGCGGUUCUCAGCAGCGAGGGCGAAAGCGAAGUGAAGGGCGAAAUAACUUUCGUACAGAAACAACCUCCAGGUGGUCCGGUCUUCAUCCGAGGAAAUAUCACUGGCCUUUCACCUGGAAAGCACGGUCUUCAUAUCCAUCAGGCCGGUGAUUUGAGAGAGGGAUGCGAGAAGCUGGGAGGACACUUUAAUCCUUAUUUGCUGCACCACGGCAGUCCCAAGUACCCCCUCCGUCAUAUAGGCGAUUUAGGCAAUGUGGACGCAUCCGAUAGUGGAACAGCCGAGAUUAUCCAGAUAGACCCGUUAAUGUCGCUUGCGGGCGGUCCUAGAGGCGUCGUGGGAAGGGCUUUGGUUGUGACGGAGGAUCCAGAUGAUCUGGGAAAAGGUGGAAACGCCAACAGUUUAGUGGACGGCAAUUCCGGCAAGCCUGUUGCUUGCGGAGUUAUUGCGUACAUUCGAUAAGUCGUGAUUGUCAUUGUAUUUAAAUUAAAAUUGAAUGGCGAAGUUUUUUUUAUCAAAUAUUUGUAUGAUAUGUGAAGAGAAGCCUGUACAUAGAUAAGAUUUAAUUAAUGUGUUUGUACUUUAAUGCGUAACUCAGUGGAGAGCUACAAAGUCCGAACAACCUACCAACGUUUAUAUUUAAUUCAGUUUAGUGAAGUUUAUUAAGACAAAUUUUCAUUGAAACUGUAGUUAUUUAGAAUAUAGAAGCAAAGUGCAACAGUAAAAGACAAAAAACUAGUUUGUAUUUAUAUAAAUUAUGUUUCAACUUCUCUUGUCGUGAGGUUGAUGUUCUCUUUUGUAAUUUUUUUUGAAGAAGUAAUUUUGUUAAUCAAUAUAACAUAAAAAAAAUACAGUCUCCUAAUUUAUACGUCCAAUGCAAGGAUUAAUCUAAUUCCGAAAGAGUGAAAUAUUGAUAAAUUAUUACCAAAAAUUAUUACCAAAUUAAUCCUCGAGUUAUUUGAAAUUCCAUUUGCGAUGCAGUGGAUGUAGUUUAAAAUGUUUAAAUGUUAAUUAAAAUAAUUUGCUAAUCAGUAAUGCGCAAUUAAAACUCUGUCAUUUAUAUUGGGUGAUUAUGAACGAUAUAGAAUUAUUUUUCUGUAGUUUUCUCAGAUUCCAUUUCUUGUCUGCACAUACCGACAUUGUUUCCUUCCUGUACUUGAUUUUUGUAAAAAAAUCCGAUUUCCUGCCUUAGGUCGCUUUAACAUUUAUAA